AUGUGUGGCCUUUGUGAUCGUGCCUUGAAUCAGUGCUCAAUUCGGGAUUCUAUUGUUAACCAUGGGGAUUUCAAACCCUUUGGUUCAUGGCUCAAAGCAGAGGUCAAAGAAUGGUUAGAUGAACAUGAGAUGGAACCACCAAGAUCACUACGGUCGAGAUGGGUGAUGAAAGCUCCAAGCUCAUACGAAUUGGGCCUUGCCAGCGAAGUUCAGCUUCGAGAAGAGGAUGAAGACGAAGGGGAUCAGUUACGACAGGGCACCAUUAAUGGCUCCAUUAUGGCUGACCAUCAAAAGAGGAGUAUAUUAGGAGCAAUGAGGCCAUUCAAGGAAAUUUAA